UCACGUUUCCAUGUCUCUCGUCGAACUGACGGGCGGACGAAGCGAGCAGCUCUGUGCUGUCACUGUCGAUGCCGCUGUCGUCCAGCUCUGGGAACAGGGGGAGCAGCACCCCGUCGAUGUGUUCCACUGCCUCCUCCAGCUUGAUUGAUUUCUGUACUACUGGUAAACGAGACACCUCCUGAAAAGGAUUAGAAUUAUUUUCAAUUAGAUUUCAAUAGGUGUAAUCGUAUAACGGCACUCGAAUUUUUAUUAUAAUUCUGAAAUUAUUUAUGCAAAAACAUUUCUUAUAGUCAUCGUUAGUGUAGGUACUUAAAUUAAUAAAAACAAAUUACUAAUACCUACUUAUUAAGAUAGUCGAAUUCUGGAGUUUAUCGUAUUAGUUCAGCAUUAAAAAACCUCUAUUUCGGUGGGAUUUGUUUCAUAUGACGAGACAAGAAACGAUUUUUUCCUAGAUUAUCUAGAUGUUAUGGAUACAAUCAGUACCCCUAGCACGAACCAUUAUCGAAUUCGAAUAGUUUACAAACCGAAAUGUCAAUGUCAAAUUUUGUAUGGAAACUUGAACAGCAGCGGCACAAAGUACGUAACGAGAACUAAAAAUCAGUACAUAUUUGACAAUGACAUUUCGGACUCGCAAACGAUACGAAUUCGAUAUUGGUUCGUGCUAAGGGUACCGGUAUAGUACUUUAUUUUAAAUCUUAAUGUGAAAAGUAAAACCAAUGCAGGCAAAAUAGCUUGAGAAAUUACAAAACUAGAAACCAAACGAAUCAAUAACUUCACAUGAUAAACAGCUUCCAUUAAUUUGGAUCUAAUGAUAUGAUUUACUUCAUCAUUGAUUGCACUAGACAUUUAAGUACGACUUUAUAACUCUCAAAGCAAUAUCACACAGAAACAUCGAACAAUAAAAUUAAUUUUACCAGAAGUAUAGCUGCAUCCUAUCCGGACCGUGACAUUGUAAUCUUUUUACUGACCGAAAUAUCACAUUUAGCACAUUAAUAUAAAUAAUAAUGCAUAAAAUCCGAACAGACGACAUAAAAAGCAAUUAGAACAUUUUAACAGGAGGAUUUACCUAAACAGCCGAUUCGGAAAAUCGCCUGUUCUCCAAACACCUGCAACUAGUCAAAACACUGUAGCAUGAACCAACAACGAAAAAUUGAGUGGCGAGAGGGCCCUUCCUCCUGUUGCCAUGGCAACCAUGUGCCAUGCGCGCGCACUAUAUCUCACCGCGCCGCGCUGUCAAACUUAUUUACAUGUUUGUCAAACUUUUUCGCAGUUCGAUAACAAAAGUCAUUUAUUUGGAAAAAAUCUAAUAUUUCGUGUAGAAAAUAUAUUUAAACUCACGAAAAUGGCACCGAAAAAGAAAGAAGCAGUAAGCAAGUCUCGGGGCAACCUUGUUGAAGAUGAAGGCUUGGACUGGCUCAAACCACGCGCUCUGAUCAAACCUGAUGAUCAAGAAGAUGUUCCUGAAGCGGACUUGGAAGAAGAAGUAGGUCGUGUUUUAACCACAAUCAACCCUACGUGGGUGGCAGACGAAGUAGCCUACCACUACGGUCAAGGGAAGUUCGUCGCCAAGCCUAAGCCCACCUUUGGGAAGGCAUAUCCACUCUAUAUCUUUCAAGGGACUGCAAUCAGGAAAGACUCUGAUGAAGCUAAAGCGCAAGUUGCUGCUGGAUAUGGCAUGACUUCUUUUGACGAUGCUGGCCCAAAGCGGGCAAAAGUAAAGAAAUCAUCGGCAGAGGAAGAAGAAGAAGAAGAACCGGAAGCAGAGCCUGCUGCAACUGGUGAAGAAGCCAAAGCAGAAGAGGAUGCAGUGGCAGAAGAAGAGAAGCCGGCAGCUGAAAGUGGUGAAGAACCAGAGCCCACUGAGGCUCCCGCUGAACAGGCAGAGGGUGAAGGCACCGAGGAAGCAGCAGAAGAAGCAGAACCGGAAGAAAAAGAAGAAGAGGCUGCAGCUGACGCAGACGAAGAGAUCAUUGAAAUCAAACCUCGAGUUAAGAAACUUGCCAACCAGUUUAACUUCUGUGAGAGAGCUGCGCUCACAUACAAUUUUCCAAGAAGAUCGGUGGAGACGCAAACUAUUCCGCCAGCGCGAGCUAACUACGGCUCCACAGCGCUGCAGUGUAUUAUAUUCGAUUACUACCAAGAAGAUUUUGCCAAGAAACUGAAGGAAAAGGAAGAGGAGAAACCAAAAAGGUUACGCAAAAAAGCAGCAAAGCACGCGAAGUCUGCUCAACAAAUACACGACGAGCAAUUGGCUCAACGCAUCAGAGAGGCUUGGGCAAUCCUGGAGAGACUUGUCAACCAAAACAUUUACGACGAUAUCGCUCAAGACUAUCGAUAUUGGGACGAUCCAUCGGAUGAGUUCCGCGAAGGAAUGGGGUCGCUGUUGCCGCUGUGGAAGUUCCAGUUCGAGCCGAUGCGCAACCACGCCGUGUGCGAUCUGCAGUGGAACCCUCACUAUCAGGACCUGUUCGCAGUCGCUUAUGGAUCGCUGGACUUCACAAACCAGCAGAAGGAAGGUUGUCUCUGCUUAUACAGCAUAAAGAACCCAGCGUUCCCGGAGUACGCGGUCAUCACCGACUCGCCGAUCAUCUGCCUCGAUGUCUAUAAAGAGACUCCAUACCUCGUUUGUGUGGGACUCUACGACGGGAAUGUUUGCGUGUACAAUGCCCAACUAACCCUGGAAUCAUCAUAUCAAUACAAAUCUGAUUCAGUACGAGAUAAACACAGUAACAUUGUGUGGGAGGUGAGAUGGGGCGCCCGAAUGAUUGACGGUGAAGCUUCAUUCUUCUCUAUAUCCGGGGACGGGCGCGUGGUGCAGUGGGCGGUGAUGCCCGGCGAGCUGCAGGCCACUACCAUCAUCACGCUGACGUCCAACGUGCCGCCCAUACCCGGCCCCGACGGCACUAUGGUCACUGUCAACAGUUGUGGCAGUUGCAUCUGCUUCCACCCGGAAAGGCCGGAGAUCUUCAUGGUGGGUACUGAGGAGGGCAUGAUCCACACGUGUUCCCUGAAGUAUAACAGGAACUAUGUGCGCUCGGUGCAAGGUCACCACAUGCCCGUGUACCGGAUCCACUACAACUUGUUCAACAAUAGCAUCUACGCGUCCUGCUCGGGCGAUUGGCGCGUCAAGAUAUGGGAGGAUGGAAGGGAUGAACCUCUGUUCAUGUUCGAAUUGGGUUCUCCGGUGGGUGACGUGAAAUGGGCCCCUUACUCCAGCACUGUCUUCGCCGCUUGCACUGCGGAUGGCAAGGUAUACGUAUACGAUUUGAACGUCAACAAAUAUCGGCCGAUAUGCGUGCAAGCGGUCGUCUCAAAGAAGACCAAAAAACUAACGAGGAUAGACUUCAACUCUCGUUUGCCUGUUAUCGUUGCAGGAGACACCAAAGGCACCUGUCACGUUUUGAAAUUAUCACCUAAUUUAAGAGUGAUGUGCAAACCACCGAAAAAAGCGCAAGGCGUCGACCAGAGAACUCUACAGAUCAUGAAGUUAGAUAAACUAUUAAGCUUGGUGCGAGAUCCACCUUUCACACCAGGAGUAGUAGAUGAAAAGUUUGAAGACGAUUAAUAAAUUGUAUAUUUUUUAUUGAUUUCUUAUUUAAUGUUACUUAAAAUAAAACACAUUGAAUGUACAUUAGUAUAUCAUUUUUAAUAAAACUAGUAAAGCUAUCAAAAAAACAGGACAUUAUUUAGAAUGACAUAUCUCCAUAUAGUUUUAUAACACAAAACUGGCCACUUUAUAAGCGGCUUAUAUACGCACACUAUUUAGAGGUGCUUUCAUACACUUACGACUAGAUCACUUUGAUAUCUCCAAAAGUUCAUUUCAUUGACUAGAAAAAUUGAGUUAAUAAUCUAUACUGGGGCCGUCAAGAAUAACACCUUUACCUAAAUGUGAAAUUGUACGAAAUUCAAUGAAAAUCUAUAAAAUCUGCGCUUUAUAUAUUGUUGAAUUAUAUUAUCUUCUAAGGAAGAUUAAAAAAAUGUAUUCCUAGGCCCCAAAUGCUAAAAUAUUUACCUACUUAUUUUAUCCGCUUUCCGAAAAUCUAAAUUCUUCUAUAAAUUUAAUACAUUCAGUUUGACAGCCAUACUCAAGGACGCCAAAUAAAUCAAAUGCCAUUUAAAGUUGUGUUUUCUUACUCAACUGUUACACAACACGACCAUAAAUAAACUUUGAAAAAAAAGAAAUGAAAGAGUUCUUUUUAAGCACGCAUAGCCGGCUUGCACUCAUCUAUUAAAAUUAGCAUGAACAACAAUAUUUUAAAUUAUAAGCUUCAAAAAUAUAUCUCUUACAAUGUUAAUAACAUUAUUUUCAUCAUAAUUUUUAAUUAUUUUAUUACAACAAAUACUCACGUAAACUCACUUUACGUGGGAUUUUCAUUUCUUUAAGUACAGUCGAGGUACGAAUUACGAGUGUAUACACUAGCACUACGAAUAUCUGACUUAUUGCUACGUAACAAAGGCGCUGUCAACAUUAAUUUUGUGUUGAUCAGCAUGUGUACAGUCUACACUGUACUUUCUCAACAUUUAUCGCAGGCAAACUGUAAAUUUAGCAGUAUUAACUACACAUCAGGUAGUUGUUUAGAGAUAGUCAUUUUAUAUUAUAGCUGGACGUCAAUUAGUCGAAUUGUCACUUGUCAAUACGGCGGCCAACAUUCUACUAAAUUCACAUAUGAUUUACAAUUUAGUAAGUGACCUGACUAUACUUAACAAAAUAAUAAUAAAAUAAUUAGUGUAAUAGUACUUUUUACGCGCUUUCAUAUGUUUGUUUUAAUAAAAAAAAACUAUGUUUACAUUUAAUAUGAAAUAUUUCUGGCCGGAAUAUAAUAUGCCUAAAUCUGCAACCUUUCUGCGACAUCCCAAUGAUUUCAAAUAACACAUGGCACUCUGUAAACCGAAAAAAGCUCAAUUAAAUAAAAAGCAAUGGAUUUUUAAUAAGCAAAAAGCAAUGAUGGUUUACAGACAACGACGUUGUUUUCAAUACCGCUGUUUAUAGAGCGCGCUUGCGAUAACUUUUAAAUACCGUUUAUUUAGCGCCUAACAUUUUAAAACAAUAGCAACACUAUGUUUAUCAAACAAUAAAUACAAUAUGGCACAAAGUACAACGGCUGACUAUAUAUUCGUCGUACAGUGAAAGCAUAAUUUUAAAUUUAAAACUGAGGUGCUCUAGAUAGUAUCAAGUAGCCUUUACAUACAAUAACACGAAAUAAUAUUUAAAAAUAGAUCCUAAACAGUUCUCUAAUUAAGGCAAGUCAACACUAUUAGAUAGAAUCAAUCUCAUCUUUACAAUAAAUAGAACGUACUUAACUUACGUACUUAUAUUUUCUACAACAUAGGUUACUGUAUUUACCUACUAUAUGACUACCCAUUCGAUCGUCCCGAUCUCAUUUUGUGUCUAAAAUCCAAAUAUAAGUUUAAUACCUAAUUAUGGAAUAUCUGAUUUUUAUCAGGCUCUAUCGGGGAAUGGAAACAAUGAACAAACUGUUAUCAAGCCGAUAUUGUUGUACCUAAUUGUUAAAUUACAAAUGCCAUGUGACGUACCAACAUUACGUCUAAAUUGUCGACCUAAAAUAAAUCCUACCUGAUUCAAAUGAGAUUGAUUAUUCUACCAAUUUAAAGAAAAUUUAUGUUAGGUUCAACCUUCAAUGUUUUAUAGUAAAUUUUCAUUAAAAUAUCUUCUGCAAUACUUUCUAAUACAAUAUUCGAAGAAUUUUAUUUAAAAUUGCUUUAAAACGAUUUCACCAAAGUAAAAAUCCAAUAAAAAUACGUAAAACUAUGUGAAAUUUUGUCUCAUAAGAUCUAUAAUUCAAUACAAAUUGUGUAAAAGUCCGUUAGAAAAACUGAUACCGAAAAGUGUGUUUAAUAUUGCUGUGCUCAAAGAAUGCUAGAAGAGUAUAUUUACUAAUUGUAGAGUAAUUUUGGGCCUAUUUUGACGCAUCUCUCGACUGCGCCUGCGCCUAGUUUGAGAUCUAGAAAUGCGCGUGCGUCGUUGGGUGCCGGGGCUUGCCGCCCUGCAAAGGAUCUGUGCCAGCGGAUGCAGAUGGCGUUCAGGGAAUUCCCUCUGAUGUGCCAGCACCCAGUCGGCAGGCCACAUUGUGCCAUUUCUAGCGGCGAAUGGCAGGAUCAAGACGUACACUCUAUUUGUAGCCGAAUAUGCCACGCGGUAGUAAUGGCCUUUGGUCGCGCGUUCCCAUACGAAGCCGUCGGCGUCGGCACCGCCGCGUUGCAGCCAGGACACCCGGGACACGUCCGAGGCGUGGAUACCUAUUUCUGUGUACUCAGCCCACGGUAGCAAAUCGCCC